CGCAUAAUGGUUGUUCGGCUAGUAAAUUGACAGUUUAAGAAAUUAUAUAGAAUUUAUGAAAUAAACGUAUUAUCGAAUUAAUUUCAUAAUAAAUGAAAAUAUCUAAAACAAUGUUUUAUAAAUAACUAUUUCAAUAAAUAAAUACCAUUAAAAGCAUUUUAUGUGCAAAAAAUUUAAGGCAUUAUUCAGAUGAACAUAAUGCAAUGGUACGGACGUGAAAAUAAUUAAAUUAAAAAUGCGUUGCUGCGUCUUGGGAUGUAAAAAUGAUUCCCGACACAUCUCCAAGUCACAAGGGAUUACAUUUCACGUGUUCCCAAAUGAGAGUACCUUACGCACGGCAUGGCUCCGAGCUCUCAAUAGGAUGGAUUGGGAGCCAAAAGAGCGAAGUGCAGUGUGCUCUGACCAUUUUCUGUGCGAGGAUUUGUAUGAGACGAAGAGCGGGUUGAGGAAGGUCAGGGUGGGCGCUGUACCUUUUAUAACGCAGGAAUCAUCCACUUGUGAUUUUGAAGAGGCUGCUAAUUUAGAAGUUUGUCGAGGAUGUUUAGUGAGGGACUGUAAAUUAUUCAAAAUAAGCAAAUACAAUCUGAAAAAAGCGUAUGAAAAUGUUACAGGUGUUGUGGUGUGUCAAGACGAGAAGUUACCCCAGACGCUGUGCUAUGAAUGUGCCGCACAGCUCGUCCGCUAUAACCGGUUCAGGAUGAAAUGCGUGCGCGCCAACACACUCAUGCUGGAGAUUAUUAAAAAACAUAAUAAGUUAACACUUCAAAAUAUAAAGAAAAUUAACAGGGAAGAUAAUAAGUUAACAUCCACGUUGCUAUGGGAAUUAUAUCCUUCAAACCAUUAUCAUUAUCAUAUAAACCAUGAUGACACCAAAAUAGAACCAGUCGACGAGAUCAAAGACGAGAUCGACAACGAAAUAUACCUCAAUGAGGACGUGAAUGAUAUAACGCAUGCGGAGGAGAUAACGAAUGCGGAGGAAAUAACGAAUGCGGAGAACAUAACGAAUGCGGAUUUGAUGGAAAAUGAGAAUGGUUUGAAAAUCGACGAGGACGCGACGGAUAAUUAUUCUUCAGACGACAGUUUGCCGUUGGAGAAGACGAGGAAGAAGAGUAAAGUGGAGAAGAAGAGAGUCGUUAAAAUUAGAAAGAAACAGAUAAAAUCCGAUCCAACCGAGCCAAAGAUCGAUCGCCGUCGCAAACCUUUCCUGAACGAUGACCUUAACGAGACGCUCUUCACGAUCACGGACCUCACACACGAGGAGCAGGUGGCCGAGAUAGAUAAGCGGCGCGAGAGUGCAAACUACAAGAACGCUGUGUUCAAAUGCUCCGAGUGUUAUAAAGGAUUUCUAGACGAGGAUGCUUAUAACACGCAUAUAAUGAGGCAUACGAACCAAUGCGGCGAACACGAAUGCGGCAUAUGCAAAACGCACUUCAAACACCCGCACGCGUUACGCAAACACAUCACCGCGCACCACACGCAGCGGUUCAGCUGCAACCAGUGCGUGUACGUGACGACGCACCGGCAGACCGCGCGGCUGCACGAGCGCUGGCACAAGGGCACCAAGUACCAGUGCCCGCACUGCAUGGACGAGUUCGUUAAAUUCACAACGUACAUGGGCCAUAUAAGAAUAAAACAUCCUUCCGAUUUCGUGUGUGAGUUGUGUGGGUACUCGUUCGUUAGUAUUAAAGGUAUAGAACUGCACAAGAAGUUGAAACACAGUCUAGAGGGUGAUAAGGUGCCGGAGGACGGUCCGUUUUGCGAGCUGUGUAAUGUUCGAUUUAUGACUGCAGAGGCUCACAGAAGGCAUCUAAAUGUGUCAGCGAGGCAUAGUGCAGGUCGAGAAGCAAACAAGCCGAAAGUGGGCAGGAAAUCGAAAGAGACGAUGGAGCGCGAGAAGAGAGCGCGGGAGAAGAACAGAGAGCCAGAAGAGAAGAGGAGAGUGUAUCCGAGCCAGAUGCGGAAGGCAGAGGGGCCGAUACCUUGCGAGCAGUGUGGUGUGCAAUUAGAAGACUCGAGAGCAUACCACGGUCACUUCAGGCGGAUGCACCCGGACAAGAAUCGAACCAUGUACCCCUCGAUGAAGUCGCCUUGCAUGUGCGAGGUGUGCGGGAGGAUGUUUCAGAGCUACGCCCUCCUCAAGGACCACCGCUGGGUUCACACAGGCGAGAAACCGUUCAAAUGCGACUCCUGCGACAAGUCCUUCAGGAUGAAACAACGGCUGGUCGCCCACAAACGGGUCCACAGUCAAAUGAAGGUGUCGUACGCGUGCACUCUCUGCGGGAAGAACUUCUCCACGCACAGUAACAGGCAACGGCACAUGUUUAUCCACACGGGCCUCAAGCCGUUCAAGUGCGAGAUGUGUGGCAAAGGGUUCAAGCACGCGAGCGAGAAGCGCGCUCACAUCACGUACGUGCAUCUCAAGAAACCCUGGCCCAAGCGCAGUCGGGGGAAGCGAAGAAGCGACAGUCGACAGGGUAUGAUACCGCAACAGGUGCCGACGAGCGAGAUGGAGUCAGCACAGCCGAUAUGGCCUCCCCUGGACCCCAAAAUGGGCGAUAUGCUGAUAGACGACAAGCCUAUGUUUUAUACGUUGAAGAUUUAGCGGGUCCACACUAUUGCGGCUUGGCGUUUGGCUGUAUGCGAGAUGUCUUCAUCGUUAAACUUAAAAAAAAGUUUUUUUUUUGGUUUUUAGUGGUUUUUGAAGGCGGUAUAAUUAAAAAAAAGGUAUUUUUUAGCUUUUUUUGUGUUAGUAAAAAUCAGCAUACGUUGACAUUAUUCAGAGUUUUCUAAUGUAUCUCCGAAGUUAAUAGUCCAAUAACGAUGAAAUUUAUAUGUGACCACACGGGAAGCACCAGCUUUCCAAUAAAAAAAGAAUCAUCGAAAUCGGUUCACUCAGUCAAGUCUCGAGGUAACAAAAAAAAAGCAGUCGAAUUAAAAACCUUCUUUUUUGAAGUCGGUUAAAAAAACCACUAAAACCAAAAAUAAUUUUACAUAACAGCUAUAUAUUGGUUACCAGUGGCGGAAAAGACAUUUUCCGAAAACGAACCUAACACAACAUAUAGGUACGGCGCCGUUCAAGUAUUACGUAACGCAAUUUUUUAAGAUUUUUUACCCCCCCCCCCCCCAUGUAACGCGCCGUAACGUUUUCCUGUACUCCCCCGCCCCCUCCAAAAGUUAUGUAACUCUAGUGUAAUUUUUUUGGUAAUAUUCACAAUUAUUUCAUGCAAAAUAUCGGAAAAUCGCUAAAUUACUUUGUUAUUGUUUUAAAAUAAAAAAAACAAUGUUACAUAACGCGUUGUACGACCUCUCACGCUCCUGUAACGCAUCGUAACGUUUUACAAGAACUCCUCUCCCCUCCAAAUUGCGUUACGUAAUACUUGUAUGGCCCCUAUUUGAUAGAGGCGUGAUACUAUGUAUGUUUGAAUCAGUGAUAAGCAUUUGUUUUGCACACUAAGACAGUUUCUAUAAACGUGAGCAUUUGUUAUACUUUGGCAGAAAGGAGAUUGUAAAAGCCACUUCCUUUGUGCAUUGUCUGACCCCCUUAUUCAUAGACGUUAUUUAUCUAAGGACGGAGUAAAGCUGUGAUAACAAGUCUGUUGCAGUGCUGAAGGCAUGAGCCUUCGCAGUGCGUAGACAUAGGGCCGUUGUGAUUGGCUAAUAUUGAGAUACAACUUAAAUCUAGUUGGCUGUCAGAUAAACAAAGCUGAGAAACAGACUUUUUAUCACAAUACUCCGUCCUUAGAUAAAUAACGUUUAUGAAUAAGGGGGUAAGUCUAUAGUCUUUAUUUAAUACAAAAGGGAAUUAACUACCAAGAUAUCGCUAAUAAUUAUAAUGAGAAGCAAGACCAGUUCAAUUAAUUUAAAGCAUGUUUUGGUUCGGCCGAUUUCAUCACACGAUUUUGAUUUUACUUGUGGUAGGUCUCUCAUAUGUGAGAGUCCGCCUGGGUAGGUACCACUGCAAUGUCUAUUUCUGUCACGCAGUGUGUAGUCACUGUUGUGUUCCGGUUUGAAAUAUUGUAGCCAGUGUAACUACUGGACAUAAUAAUGAAAAUCUCAUGUCUCAGGAUGGCGAGCGUAGUGAAAACAAUACUUUGUAAUUCAAGGUGUUGGUGCUUCUACUGUUUGUCGGUCGUAUCGGUUACCAUCAGGCGAACGGCAAGCUCGUCUCGUCGUUCAAAGCAAUAAAAGCACGUUGCGCUCAAAAAAACACGACUGGUUCGCGAGGCAGAGUUAACGUUUUAAGGAAUGAGCAAGCGAUUCUACUGGGUUAGCUUACAAAUGGCUUAUUGGUGUAUUGUUACCCGUAACGCGCAGUUAACGUGUGGUUGGAAUCGACUGUAUAUUAUAUAAAAUUGCUAUUAUGGUUUACGUACAACGCUUGUGGCGUGCCCAAAAGAUAUUGAUGGCUUUUGUAUCGAAUAUUUGUAAAUUAUUUAUUUAACACAUCUGUAUAUAAACACAUAAUAUAAAAUACAAUGAA